AUGAAUAAUAGUGAAGAAGUUGACCAACUUUCAACUGCCCCGAAUAACGAACCAAUGCCUUUAACACCUGACCCUCCAGGAGGAAGUACAAAUGGUCAUACACCAGCACUAGAAACAGAAAACAUUCCUCCUACUGACCAGGAAACCCGUGAGCUACGACCUAGUUUUGAAACUAAUGAUAGUGAUAGUGAUCUUAAUGUUGAUACUGAGGAUUACGUGAAUGCCUUUAGGUCAACUCCCAUGACACGAUCAUCGUCACGAUUCCAGCCGAGGAAACUUUGGAAUAAUGUAAAAUAUUGGUGGUGGCAUCAAAAUAAUAGAAGUCAGAGGCGUCAGUUUUUCAAAUCGAACAGAAAUCAUGACUCUGAGCUUAAUGCAAGAGGUAUACCGUUAUAUGACCUUGAUACUAAUGGCGACCCCAUUAGUGACGACGAAGCUAAUUAUGAGUUUGAUGAUGAAUUUAGAAUAGAUGAUUACCCAAUGAGUAAAAGGUACACCUCAAAGAACUUCUUGCAGAAAUUCAUUCCAAUAGCAAUCUUGGUAAGUCUGUUAAUUUAUUUAUUAGUUAAAAUAAUCCACCAUCCUUUAAUGACUAAUCUGAAUGGAUCAUCAAGAAUUAAAUAUCUCGACAAGAAGAGACUAAAAAAAUUUGAUCCAUAUAUAAAAUAUAAUAAUGGGACAAUGGAUUUCUAUCCAAUUACAUUAGUUCUUUCCAUAUCUGGUUUCCAUCCAUCAUUGAUUUCACUGAAAAACACGCCGUUUUUACAUGGAUUAUACUCACUAGAUCUGAAAGAUUUUUUCAAUAUUACAAUGUCCCCAUUCAUGAUACCAAGUUUCCCUACUGAACCACUUUCUAAUUACUACUCCAUUGUGACGGGUAAAUAUCCAUCUAAUCAUGGUAUAUUUGCAAAUUCAUUAGAUCAUUUAUUUGAUACCGCAACCUCUGGAACCACUGCUGAACUUAGUGGUGAUGCAGAUGUUAUUAACAAGAAAAAAAUUCCCAAGGUGGCUGGUGAUUCAUCAAGGAGACCCAAUUUUGAUGUUAAUAAUGAUACAAUUUGGUCACUUAUCCCUAAUGCAUAUGAGAAUAAUGAUUCAUUCAAAGUAGCAAUGAAUAAUUGGCCAAUUUUAAAUGAUUAUAAUGAUACUUUCACUUUGCCAUAUUAUUAUGAAGAAAAUGAUUUGAUUUCUAUUGAAUCUAAUGAUCCUGAUGACAAGAAUAAGAAUAAGAAGGAAUCGAAAAAGAAAAAUAAGAAUAGGAAGAAACAAGAUGUUGAUUUGGAUGAUAUUUUGGAUGAUAUAGUUAGUAAUUUUGACAUGGAUGAUAUCGAUGAAAGGCCGCAAUUAAUAAUGGAAGUUAUUGAUGAUCUUAUGGAAUACGUUAAACUGAAUGGAUAUCUGAUUGGUGAUGAAGAAUUUGAUUCUUUGUUGGGUAAUAUUGAUUACUUAAUUGAACAAAUAUUCGAAAAAUUACAAGAUCGAAAUUUAUUAGAAUUUACUAAUGUAUUGUUAUUAAGUGAAAACGGUAUUCGUGAUGUUCCAAUAUCUAACACUAAGAGCAAUAAUAAUAAUAAUAAUGAUGAUGAUGAUGAUGAUGAUGAUGAUGCCACACUGGGGAAUGUGAUAAUAUGGGAUGAUAUAUUGAACAAAAAUAAACAAAAAUUAAUAUCUCAUGUUGUUCACGACGAGCAAAGUUCAAUUUUCCGGGUAUUUGUUAAAAAUAACGAAAAUAUCAAUGAAAUAUAUCAUGAUUUAAAAAUGUUUUUCAACUAUACAGCGAUUCCUCAUGGGAUAAAUAACUCUCAUAACGAAACUACUAACUUAUUACAACAAGAUGAUGCCAAGAAAACAUCUAAUAAGAGGGAGCAUUUUAAUAUAUAUUUGAAUGGGAACUUCCCACGAAGCUAUAAAUUCAAUCAUAUUUUCAGUUAUGAUGAAUUAGAUAAUAAAGAGAUGACUGAUUCCAUUUGGAUUCUACCCGAUCCUGGAUAUUCUAUUAUGGCAAAAGAAAGGUAUGGAAAUUUAGUAAAAUUAAAAAAGAAGAAUAACAAGAAAAAAGGGAAAAAGAAAACUUCUAGUAUUUAUGAAAAGAAUAAGAUGAAUAUUGGAUUAUACGGAUAUGAUAAUGAAGAUAUCGAUAUGAGAUCACUAUUUAUUGGAGUUGGACCAUCAUUUAACAAUGGCAGUAUUAUCCCUGUCUUUCAUAAUAUUGAGGUUUUUAAUAUAAUAUGUGAAAUUUGUGGUGUAUCGAAUAAGGAAAUGAUUGAAUUUUCGCACAAUGGAGUCAAUGCUGAUCUGAAUUUUAUUUAUGAUCAUAUAUUCAGUGAUGAACUGCCAAAGGAAAAACAAGAAUCCAACACUAAAGACAACGUGAAAGAGGAUGAUAACGAUACAGCAAGUAUGAUAUUAAAUAAUCCGGGGUUCAUUAGAGUCAAGAAUGAUGAUUUUCUGUAUUUAGCCAAUAGAUUUGGAAAUUACAGUACUUAUAAUGUCUUAUGGGGUGGAUAUCCAGAGUAUGUGGAAGAUAUCAUGGAGGAUGAUGUAGAAGAUGGAGAAGAACAAAGUGACGACGAUGACGAAGUGGAUGAAGAAGACCAAAGUGACGAGUAUGACAAUGAAAUAAACGCUGAAUAUUCAAGUAGUACUACCAGUAGUACCAGUAGCUCCCGGAGCAGCAGCAGCAGCAGCAGCAGCUUUACAAGGAGUACUCGGACGGUGAUGAAGUCAAAGGCGAUGACAAAUAGUAGAAAGACUUCAACUUCAUCUUCAUUAACAACGACAAAAGGUAAAACUAAGACCAAAAUAACGACAACAACCACGGCAGCACCGUUAUUGGAUAUUGGUAAAGAAUGGUUUAAUGAACUGAUACAUGAUGGUAAAGAAUUAUUUGACGAUGGUAGAGAACUGAUACAAAGUGUCGUCGGAGAAAUUGAAGAUCAAUUUUAA